AGCGGUUUUAUCGUCCCAGUCAAAAGCCCAGGGAGCUAUAUCGCUAGCAUACUCAUUAUAAGCAGCCUCGGCCUCAGUUAGAUAGGUGGCGUCAUUCGUCAACAGAGACUGUCGUGGGUGUGCUCUGACCAUAGGGUCGUUUGUAGCAUUGAUUGCUUUGUGCUCGGCAUACACUGUAGACGUAGAACGAAAAGAAGUCUGGAGACAGCCCGGAGAAGUUCAGCGGCACAUGCGCGGGAUCUGCCACUUCCAAGUUCUAGAAUUGCAGAGGCAAGGAAAAUGGUGGAUGAAUGUCAGUUUUGACAAACCAACUCAUGGUUUUCAGUCAUGGAUUAUGAAGACUGUUGAAGUUUUGAAUGAGGGUCAACUCUACCGUUUGCGCAGCAAGUAUGAGUACCACCCUCGUAAUGUGUCAGUAGAAUUUAUAAUUGACUUCUAUGGGGCACCACCAAAAGGGGUCUGCAAUAGCAACAUCAAGGACCCUAACCCACUGCCUCCAACAGUUCCAGCAUUUGUUCCCCCAGAAAACUGUCCCAAAGCCCAGGGCCCCGGAUUGACAUCAGCCAUACAGAAGGAAUCGGUAUGGAGCGCUGGAUCCGCAAAAACCAUGACUGCUUUUUGUGAUUUUGAAUUUGCUAAGGAUCUCAAGAAAUACUGCAUCACUGUUGACCUUGACCAACAAUCAUCUGCAUUUUCAGCAUGGUUCACCAAGACUGUUUACUCUGAACCGAAUGGUUUGACAUAUACUACAAGAAACCGCUUCAAUGGAAGACAUCCCUGGAUCGCCUACGCACCUGGAAUCCAGUUCAAAUUCCAGAUGAGCUUUAAGAACAGUGUACCUAACGGUAACUGUACUCUGUAUACAUGGGACUGAGAUAUGUUGUUCUGCUAUUAUGUAAGGAAUAAAUCAUUUUUUGUGAUA